AUGAUAGGAAUAUCCGGUACGGCAAACACAGAAGAACAAAUUGACGUUGACAAGCACCAGAUCACAAACAGGGCUAGUACAAGUAGCGUUGAAGAGACAAUUACAGCAGGAACCACAGGCGAUAGCGUGACACAAGAUAUCAGUAAAUUCAAAGCGUUGCAUGACGGAGAAGAUUCGCGCUUCUGUGAGCUUGUACACCUAGUAAGGCGAUCGUACAACACGCUGAAGGAAGUUGGUCUCUCAGGGGACAUGGACAACAGUCACAUGUUGUCUGUUAUUGAGCGCAAGAUGAGUGGUGAUGAUCGGAAAGUAUGGUCGCGCGAGCUCGUACGUGAUAAAAAAACAGCGACUCUCGAAGGGCUGUUACAGUGGAUGACGUCGGAAAUGAAGUCAAGAAUGAAAGCCACCGCAGCGGUACGCAGCGGCAAUACUACAUACCGAGGAGGAGUUUAUCAGUUCAAGGCUGACGAGCAGGAGAACCCCCGAUUUGAAUGUUGGCACUGCAAAAAUUCAGAGCACUGGCCAGACCAAUGUCCAAAGUUUGCGGCACUGACAUAUGAAAAGCGCAUGAAAACAGCCAAGGAAAAUCACGUGUGCUUCAGUUGCCUGAAAGUAGCCGGCCGCAAUCACAAAGCUUCCACCUGUAGCAGGAAAAAAGUAUGCAACAAGUCCGAAAACGGCGAACAUUGCCAGGCAUUCCAUCAUCCCUUGCUACACAAGACAAUUCCUGUAAGCGUCGGAACGGCUCUUGAAAGCGAAAAUACAAGCGUCAUCCUACCAGUGUUGACAGCGAACAUCCACGGUAAGAACGGUCUACAAAAGCAAGCUAACGUUCUGCUAGAUACCGGAACACAAAUAAGUUUAAUAAGGAAUGACACCGCGGAUUUACUAGGCUUAGUCGGAAAGGAUACAUACAUCACUAUCACCAAAGUAGGGGGAGAAGACGAGAGUAUGAAAACGAAGGUUUAUAAAGUUCCUGUUUGUUCCAAUGGAAGCAGCAAGACAUACACAGUAAAAGCUAUCGGCAUCGACAAAAUCAGCGACGACGUGAAGGCGGUAGAAAUGAAAAGCAUUGCAAAGCACUUGGGUCUGGAAAAUGAACGAAUCCGCCGUGAAAAAGGCCGCGUAGAUCUGCUUAUCGGAAUUGACCAUACCCAGCUACACACGGGACCAUCGAAACAAUCAGACAAGCUGGUAGCGCGCAAUACGCCUUUGGGAUGGGUAGUAUUUGGAGGCAGUGCAUCCGACAUGGAGGUAGUCAGUCAAGUAUACCACGUGGCUCUUGCGCCACAGCUGGACCUAGCGACAUUCUGGAAAACGGAGUCAAUGGGAGUUGAAGUCAAACCGUGCGUCUGUGAGGCUGAUAAGCUAAGUCAAGUGGAACGCGAAGAGACGGAAGUGAUUAGUAACUCGUGCAGAAAAGUCGGAAAUCAAUGGGAAAUCCCGUACCCGUGGAAAAAGGAUCUGAGUCAGCUCCCAGACAACAAACCAGCUGCAGUAAAAAGGUUGGAAGCGACAGAAAGGCGUCUGUUAAAAAACCCGGAUCACGCUGUCGCCUAUAACAAGCAAAUGGAAGAAAUGUGUGAGAUGAAUUUCGCAAGGAAGCUAACAGAAGAAGAAGUUAAAAGUUACCAGGGACCAGUGCAUUAUAUCAGCCAUCACGGGGUGGCACGGCCAGAGAGUGACAGCACCCCCCUGAGGAUUGUGUUUAACACGUCAGCAACCUACAAAGGGCAUGCAUUGAACGACUACUGGAUGAAGGGACCGGACUUACUGAACGACCUGUUCGGUGUACUUUUAAGAUUCCGGGAGGGGCAAUGUGCGGUGAUCGGUGACCUGUCAAAGAUGUACCAUAGAAUACUAAUCCCGGAAGCAGACCAGCACGUACAUCGUUACUUAUGGAGAAAUCUGGAGACAGAAAGACCGCCAGAUGUAUUUGUUAAGACGGUCCUCACGUUCGGAGACAAACCAGCACCCGCGAUGGCCCAAACCGCGUUACGUAAAACAGCUGAAGAAGGCGAGAAGGAGUACCCAGAAGCGGCCAAAGUGCUAAAGGAAGACACGUACAUGGACGACAUCUGUCACUCAGAAGAAACCCCAGAUAAGGUGCAACAACUGGUAAAAGACCUGGACAAGGUGCUACAGAACGGUGGAUUUCAUGUAAAGAAAUGGACGACGAGCAGAAGUGCAAAGGACGACGACGCCGCCGAGCUAGACCUGUUUAAGACAGAACACGAAGAGAAAGUUCUUGGAAUCGCGUGGGACAGUAAGACUGAUGUGUUGCGGUUUAAAGUACAGAAGCAAUCUCACAGCACUUCAGACGGAAAAGAGAAGGGUCCAUGGACCAAGAGAAAGAUCCUUAGCCGCGUAGCACGCCUAUAUGAUACAAUAGGAUACACAGCAGCCGUCGUCAUCAAAGCCAAGAUCGGAAUUCAGAAGAUAUGGCAGCUAGGCUAUGAGUGGGAUCAACCUAUAGAGCCCCCGCUUGCACAGACAUGGGAAGCUUUCUUCACAGAUCUAGACGAGCUUAAUAAGAUAGAGCUCCCGAGAUGUCUCACUCCACCAAACGCAGUUGGCCUGCCAACGCUCUGCAUAUUCUCGGAUGCAUCGAAAGAAGCCUUUGGAGCAGUUGCAUAUUUGAGAUGGCAGGCAAGCGUUGGGUCGUAUGAAGUGAGAUUUGUAGCAGCCAAAUCAAGAGUCGCCCCACUCAAGGAGUUAACAAUUCCAAGGCUAGAGCUCCAAGCAUCACUACUGGCAGCAAGAUUGCACCAGACCCUACAAGAGGAACUUCGCAUAGAAUGUGAAAAGGCUAUCCUGUUUACUGACAGUAUGAUUGUUUACUCAUGGGUAAGAGGGUCUCCAAGGAGUUUCAAGCCCUUUGUAUCUGCGAGAAUAAGUGAAAUCCAAGACAAGACCGACCCAAACCAGUGGCGCCACAUCCCCGGGAGUGCAAAUGUUGCUGAUGACGUCUCUCGAGGCCUAUCUGUUCAAGAACUCAAGGGAAGGUGGACUCAAGGCCCAGCCUUUCUACAUAGCAAUGAAGAUGAAUGGCCACAGGAAGCCAAGUAUCAGGAACCAGAUAACGAGUCCGACAAAUCGGAGAGACGAAAGGAGAAAGUAUGCGCAGUGACAGGAAGAGCAGAAGAGGCGAUCGAUGUCAGCAAGUUCUUUGAAUGGAGAAGACUCGUCCGUGUAACAGCUAGAAUUCAAAGGCUGGCAGAGAAAAUCAGGUUGCGAAAGUAUGAACAAGAAGGAAGGCGAGGCCCCUUGGCGCCAGAAGAACUGAAAAAGGCGGAAGAACACUAG